CCACUCUUUGCUUGCGAGCUAUUGCAGCGCAGAAUGCAGCCCCUACGCCCGAUGACAUCGCCAAGUAAGCCGAACUGGCUCAAAAUGCCUCGCCUAAUUACUCGCCUUAUGCACUUGAGAUAAAUUAUACUCUCAAGAUCUGCAACCAUAGCAUUAGAGCACGCGAAACGUAUAAGACGUAUCUUCCCAGAAGGUAUCACGAAGUUCCUCGGCAUGAGAAAGCUACAAACAUGUUUCUUAGGCUUCGCUACUUUUCGCUUGCUUCACUCGCUACUAGCGUGUGGGGCGCAGACUUCCAAUCUCGAUGCGAUGCACUCGGGCAGAAUGUUCAAGUGCAAGGUUAUGACGAUAUCCGUGUAAACAUUGCGCAGUAUCUACCAAAAGGAUCCGUCAUUGAUCAAUUCGCCGAAGGCACGAACGUCACUUGCGCGCUACCGAACCCGACUGUUCCCGUCAACCUGUGCCGACUUGGUCUGCAAUUCUCGACUUCGAAUGCGAGCGGGGUUCACAUGGAAGCAUGGCUUCCAGAGGAUUGGAACUCGCGUUUCAUUGCUGUGGGGACGGGCGGUUUGGCGGGAUGUAUAUUCUAUCAGGACCUCGCGUAUGUGAGUUCGUAUGGUUUCGCCAGCGUAUCUGGAAACAGCGGUCACAACGGCACAUCCGCAGGCGCGUUCUACCGGCAGCCGCAGGUCUUUGAGGAUUUUGUCUGGCGGGCUCUGUAUGCCACGACUGUCAUCGGUAAAGAAGUCACGAAGCAGUUCUAUGAAGCGCCGCACAAGAAGUCGUAUUUCCUCGGGUGCUCGCAGGGUGGACGUCAAGGGUUCAAGGCCGCGCAGUCGUAUCCAGAGAUGUUUGAUGGGAUUGUGGCGGGUGCGCCUGGACUGAACCUUCCGGGGCUUUUCCAGCAUAUGACGCGGUGGCUGCUGGAGAUUGGGACAGACAUUAGCAACGCUACGAUAGGUCUUGAAGGUUGGAGCGCGAUUCAGAAUGAGACGUUGCGGCAGUGUGAUGCGCUUGAUGGAUCCCCGGACGGCCUCAUCGAAGAUAACCGUCGAUGCAAGCCUGAUCUCUCCAAGCUACAGUGCGGAACCCCAGAAGCACCGGCGGUAUGUCUCACUUCGAAGCAGCUUGAUCUGGUGGAAAGCUUCUUCUCUCCUUGGACUGUGAACGGUACACUCAUCUAUCCGGGGGUGGUGCACACAGGAGACGAAGUUGCUCACGCGACGAUUCUGAGCAGCCCUGAGCCCGUAGGCUACGCGCUUGAAUGGCCUCGUUUUGUGUCGCGACAAGAUCCGACCUGGACGCUGGAUCAGUGGACUCCGGCAGAUGCUCUCCUUGCCGUACAGCAGAAUUUCUUCAACUUCAACACUUACGAGGGCGAUCUUUCGGCAUUCAGGGAUAGGGGUGCGAAGCUAAUCCAUUACCAUGGGCAGCUGGACUUUCUGGUCGACACAUCGAACUCAGACCGUUACUAUAAUCAUGUUGCGCAGACUAUGGAGGCGUCCCCUGGUCAGUUGGAUGACUUUUACAGAUACUUCCGCAUCUCAGGAUUGCAGCAUUGUACGGGUGGGCCUGGUGCAAGUCUCAUCGGGCAAGGCCAGGGAAGCCCACCACCAGGAGACGGGGCGGAAGACAAUGUUUUAACGAGAAUCGUGGAAUGGGUAGAGGGAAGCGAGGCGCCAGAUACCAUACGUGGCACCAAGUUUGUGAAUGGCGACGCUGCUCAGGGUGUAGAUUACAAGCGCAAGCACUGCAGGUACCCCCUGAGGAACGUGUAUCAUGGAGAAGGUGAUGGGAAAGAUGAGGAGGGUUGGACAUGUGUGGAUUAAAGAUAUGUUGAAAUUUUUCGAUCAAAUCUAUGAUGCUAGGGAAACCAGUUGUUAAUCCGGAACGAAGUUGUGCUGAUCAUUAGGGGCGGACCCGGCCUCAAGUUGCUGUGUUAUAUGAGCAUUCCUGCUCUUCAGCAAUGGCAACGCUGUUGAUACAGCUAGUGUCAAUCAUUGAGGAUAACGUGUUUGAAGAGCAAGUCGUCGUGGUGUAUGAUGUCGUGAAACUGGGAAUGGACGCUACGUGUCUAUCGAUGUUGAGAGAUGAAUUUCCGGCCAAUCGUAACCGCAAACUAGUUCAUCAGAACCAAUUGCAAUCAAU